UGCAAAUAAUUAAAUCCGCAACACAUCAACUGCAAUAAGUUUGAAUAAAUCGCCAAUACGUGCGUCAGGUAAUUCUAGCUUUGGCGCUAUUUUCUUUGGCGUGGUAUUGAAUUGCGCCUCCUGCCUAUUCAAGCAGAAGGAAUGAGCGAUACUCCAGCCUCGUAACCAGCCCAGACUUUACGAACCUUACGUCUUGACACCAAACGUCUUCAAACAAGCAUUUGCUGCGUUUACCAUCCGCGGUACAGAAUGGCAACCUCAAAGUCUCCUGAUGCGGCUCCCCAAAGCCCUGAGGAUGAGGAGGAUGACUACAUGUCUAUGACCAUCGCAGAGCCCACAGGCCCCAAAGUCAAAGAAACAUACACGCAACGCCGCCACCGCCUGCAACGCGAAGCAGAAGCACGCGCAUACACCAAACCCAAAGCUGAGCGUGAAGCUGAUGAAGCUGCCGCCCGAGAAGAUGCCCUUCAGAGAUCGCUAUUAUCUCAUCCGACGACACAGAAGUCCAAGGGUCUGGCUAUGAUGUCAAAAAUGGGAUUCACGCCCGGAAAGGCGCUGGGCAAGGGAGACAACGCUGAUGCGCGGACUGAACCGGUGGGUAUCAGUAUUAAGGAGGAUAGGGGUGGAAUAGGCAUGGACAACGAGAAGAAGCGCCGGUUUAGGGAAGAAGUCGAGAAGGAGGGGAAGAGAGUGAAGGCUGACGAAGGGGAGUAUCGAGAGAGGGUUAGGCGCGAACGCGAGGAAGGUCGUUUGGAAGGUUUAAUUGGUACUGCGAUGAGAGUUGCGGAGCGAAUGGCUAGUGAGAAAGAGGAGGAAUUGAGCACAGAUGGGGGUGGCGACGUGCCGCCGAAGAAGGGUGCUCAGAGAUCAAAACCGCUUAAAACUGUUAACAUCCUUUGGAGAGGCCUGGUGAGGAAAAGGGAGGAAGCAGAAAGGGAUAGGAGGAUGAGAUAUGACUUGCAUCAGAGUCUGUCCAGGCUGCCGACCUACGAUGAUGAGGAUGAGGAUAAAGAUGAUAAGAAGGCUCUGGGAAAGACUCCUAUACAGUAUGCCUUGGUCGAAGAUCUGGAAGAAGAAGAUCCAGAAUUGGAAGAGUUCAAUGCCUUGGAGCCAGCAGAGAGGUUACAGAAAAUUGUCAACUAUCUGAGAGAAGAGUAUAACUACUGCUUCUGGUGCAAAUACACAUAUCCCGACAAGGACAUGGAGGGAUGUCCAGGGUUGACGGAGGAAGAUCAUGAUUGAUGAACAGAAGAUACCAUAGACACAUCGAAUACGCUAUAAUACUACAUAUGC